CAAGCCACAAGUGUAUCAAUUUUUUCGAGGUUCAGCAGUCGGAAACAUUCUGUGUAUUACUUACGCGCCGUUCAGGGACCUCAUCGAUUACCUCAUGUUUUAGCAAUCGCUUAAUAUCCCGAUGGCUCAUUGUCCCCGCAGGUGCACCGAGUCAAUGGCUUGCUCUUAUUAGGAUGCGUCAUAGUACUGAUAGAAGUGACCUCAGCUCCCAACCGUAUAUUCGCUCGGAUCAAGUGUUUCUGUCCACGCAAAAUGGACGCGAGAUUCAUUACUGCAGUCAAUUAAUAUUUUCUAGGCCUUCAUAAUCACUGGCAUGUGAACCAGACUCGCCACUUGGACCAAGAUUCCUUCCUUCUCACUGCAACUUCAGACUCCAAAAAAUCCACAGCUAAGAUGGCUGGAACCGACAUGGUCUUCCGCUUUGCUCAAUCCACCGACGACACACGGACAUUCCGAGUGUAUCAAGUGAUAGGAACAGGAGAACACGAGGAAUUGGAACUAUACAAGUUUUCACAUUCGAUGACCGGUUCUUCUGGCGGAACCACAACUUAUCACCGAAAGAACAUGAAUAGUCUGAUCUUCGAGGCUGUUGGACAGAUCAGUUGGAACUCGAACACUAUCGCCACCACGGUGUAUUUUGGCUUGGAGGAGGUUUCUGUCAAGGAUCUUCGCAAGGUCAAGAAUGCUACUAGCCAUUCUCGCAGAUUUAAAUCCGGUGCCGAUGCCGUGUACAAGUGGAAGAUAUCAGAUAAUAGGACCGACUUAUAUUGUAUAGAUUCACAAGACAAAUACAUUGCAUCGUGGUCAAAUCACGAGAAAAUACUGAGAGUGACCCCGCGCGCCAGCGCAAUGUUAGAUCGGUUGGUGGUGACUUGCUUCCUGAAUGUCUGGUUCAAGCGACUUGGGCGGUGGUAACGAGGUUGUCAGCGACAGGUGUCUAUCCUUAUACUGUAAUAGUAAAUAAUCGAAACGUCUGUAAUCCGUGUUUAACGUACUAAAACACUGAAAUAGCCAUAACUACUCACCUCUUU